UCACGGCAUUCAAAACAAUAUCAGCUGAUAAGUGAUAUGAAAAUUAAACAAAGGAAAAUUAUAUACAUAUAUAGAUAAGUAAAAAGUGCACUGAAUUUUUACGGAGGUUUAUUUGAAAUUCCAAUUAUAUCAAUUAGUAAAGAUAUGCUACAAUAUAACAAAUACAACUACGCUUUGGAAGAGUGAGAACAUUGACAAUACAAAAAUUUGUAAUUGAUUCCAGAGUGUAAAUCUAAAAUGUUAUGCACUUACAUAAAUUAAAUACAACUUUAGAAGAAAAUGGCGAUGACAAUCGAACAUUUAGAAACUAAAAUCCAAGAAUGCUUAGAUCUGCUACCUAUUACUGAAAGGAAUUUUCUUAAAAAUUGGCUGCUUAAAUUAAAUCCGUCGAGCACCAAUAUAGUACCUGCAGAUUUUGAUAGCGUAACACAAUUGCUUCAAUGUCAUAUCUAUCCUGUUUUGCAAAUAUUAAGUUUGAAUCGAGAUAAAUGUAAACUUCAAAUCGAUCGUGUUAUUCUUGAAGUAUUACAAUUGCUAUUGAAAAAAGACGAUGCCAAAAAUCGUGACCCGUUCAUUAAUUUCAUUGUGAAUUUUCCAUUAAUCAUACUCAAUGUGCCAGCGUUACGCUUAAAGCUGACAAAAUUACUAACUAAAGAUAUUGAAAGUUCAGACGAUAUUUGUUUGGCCCUACUAGCUCGUCAUGACUCGAAUUUAUUAGUUGAAGUACUAGAACAAUCACACGAAAAGUGGCUAAUUUGUUCAACUGGUGCACCAAGUAAAGAGUUUAUAUUGCAGCAAGCUUUGCGAAAUAAACUGCACUUUGCUCCACUUACAGCGAGGCAGCUAAAGAACGCGAGUAGUAUUUCAAAUAACGGCUUGCGCAAUAAUUUGUUAAUACUGAAAAUAGCCGAUGAAUUAUCCAACACCAAGCAAACAUUAUCCGAAUUAGGAAAUAUAAAUAAAUGGCUUGGGGAUUAUUCUAUAGAUGGGACUCCUGCGCAUUUGCAAGAAAUACAUAAAUUCUUUUAUGCAGAUUUUCAACGUAUUGCACUAAUAUUAGAUUUUCUAAAAAGAUAUACGGAUAUAUAUAAGGGAAUAACAUUAGAUGCAAUUCUUAAUGGCAGAUGUGUAUUAAAGCUGCUUUAUGAUCAUGAUAUUGAUGCAAGCUUUGAUGAUACCCGGCGUUUACUAGAUGCCACACGCAAAUGGCAAAUACAGUUAACAAAUAUGAAAUGUUUUUAUGAGCUCGAAAUGGAGACUUUAAAUUAUUAUACCGCACUCUCCACAGUUUGUGACAUAAUGUUGCCCAGCCCAAAUAUAUGCGAUUUUGCCAACUAUUGUGAUAGUAAAAUACAACAACUUAAUGGAAUGUUACGCAAAAUCCUUAAUGUAGAUAUGUUGUGCGCACUUAUUGAGGACAUCUUCCAAUUAAUUUUCUUACGUUGGGAACAUUUACGCCACUCCUCUGGCACACAUUCUUCCGCGUCUCAUGCAAAUCGCAGUUUCUCGGCAGCGAACUCCACUGGUGUUAGUAGUACUGCUGAAAUAGCUUUUGAGACACCUACAGCAUCGAUGCGUUCAACACCGCAUUCAGUUGAGAGUAGCGGACGCCACGGUUUCAUUUGCAAUGGACAAGCGUUAUAUGCUAUCUUCGUAUUUCUCAAAAACUUUAUUACCAAAAAAAUGCAUUCUGAAGAUUAUAAACUUGCUUCGGAGCGUGUGCAGCUACGUUUUCAACGCAUAAUUGAUGUUAUAACUGAGGCACUAUGGAAAUAUGGCGUUCUCCAGAAAUUCGAUCAUUCAGUCAACUUAGCAAAUACAUCGCGCAAGUUUGGUUUGGAUGCUAAAGAGCUGUUACGAUUAGUACAUAUCCAUCCUGAUACGAUGGAAAAGACUUCUAGUGAUGAUGACAGUCGGGAUCGUAGUAAUCAAACUAAUUUGACACGUCGUAAAGCCUCGCGAAAGAAACGACGAGCCACAAUUAGCGGCGCAGCAGGCAUAACACGUCCAGUUGUUGAGCGUAAUGACAUAGCAGAAACAGCCAAUGCUCAUAUAAUGACUUGUAGUGUAAACGCUGCAGGUGAUAUAGAGGACAAUGCAGUGGAAGAAUUGAAGUCGCGGCGUGAUUACAUUCGCUUGUCAGAGCGUAGUAUUAUACCACAAAUGUUGGGUUCACCCGAGAAUUUAGCUAUAAUGGCAUUAUCAUUGAAAAAUUUCGAUGAUGUCAAAUUCAUAAUUGAGACCUUCCAUCUUCAAAACACCGCACUCAACCGUGAGUUGACGUUCGUCGAGCAGCAACAACAAAUCAAGCAAAAAUUGUCAACAAUUUACGAGCAUUAUCUACAAAAAGAAAGCAGCGGCGACAGCGGCAGCGCAGAUGUGGAACAACCAAAAGCCACUGUGGAGCAAAUACGCAAUGUAGCCGGCAAGGGAUUCGACAUCUCACGCAUACUCAGUGUGAUCGACACAUUUGCACUAACACAACGCAUACAGCCGACAACGGAACAGCAACAGUUAUGUGAGCGAUAUGUGAACAAUCCGCAAUAUGCAUUCUUGCGGAAUUUCGAGGCGCACAAUUUAAAUGCAUUCAUCAUUACCGAUUUGGUGCUGAAUCUGCCAUUUAAUCGUGAGAUCACCGCCAAUGUUUUGGCGAUUAUUAGACGACAGCAACAGUUAGCCAAUGCUGGUAGUAUGAGCCAUUCGGUAAGGGGUGAUGAGAGUGCCGGCGCCGCCGCCGCCAACAACAAAAUGUGUGAUAUAGGCGCUUUGUCGUUGCUGGAAUGUCUAAGCGAGUGUUUGCUGUUGCUGCCGCAGCAUUGUCUAUCACAGCUGCUCACGGAUAAUUAUUAUACGCUGAAACCAAGAAAAUUGGCAUUGGAGUUGCAACGCGAGCGCGCUUUUAAUGCGGUUUUCAGCAAAGCGGCUAGUGAAGUUGGUCAUAUUGAUGAUUUGAAAACGCAUGCGCCACUCUUUUACGACCUCCAAGCAAAGUCCAAUUACUACCAACGUUUCGUCGCGUACGUGCAAUAUUUAGCGCAGCUUGUACAGCUGCGUGAUCGCAAUUUGGUCUAUCAUACGAGCGCAUUGUUGCGUAUCAACGUCUGCGAUGUUAUUGGCGAGCUGAUAUUCGAAUGCAAUAUGACACCGCUGGAGAUUGAGGCGAAUGUGGCGGCGUUGAAUUUGAAUUUGGUGCAUGUGAUAGCGUUGAAUGUGUGUCCCGAAAUCGCUGGCAGAUGUGGCGGUGCUGCCGUGGGUAAAGGAGAUUGGCGCAAAAUAAACAAACAGAAGGCCGAAAGUAUACUCAAUUAUGUAGCGAAUCAGAAUUCACUGCUAGCUUGUCUGUUGCAAGGUGUCAUCAAUACUGUAGCUGGCGCGCCGCCGACGGCUAGUAAUACUUUAAAUACCAGCUUCCUGCAGUCAUUGUUCGAGCUGGAGGAGAUUGAACGCAUAGCGCCGCUCUUCAAAGGCAACAAAUUUGUCGCCGCUCUGCGUUCGGAUUAUGACCCUAGCAGCUUGGUUGCAGUAGCCAACUCAAAAUUGACUCAAUUGGAAUUGUUAUCACUCGAUUUGGGUUAUCAGCCGAAAGCGUUGCAACAAACGCGCACAGAUCAACUGCUCGUACAGCUAAUUGAGGAGGAUGCGCGCAACAUACGCUACGCGGGACGCAUACAAGAUAUCGGUGUUCGAGCCAAGCUAAUACAAGCGAACUUCACAAAAAUUGCCACGACACGUUUGGCCAAAGAGCUGAUUGAGAACACACUACAAAACAGGCAAGCCACCAAGCGUAUACCCGCCGCGUUGCGUGCGCAAUUGGAAGGGAUAUUAGCUGAUAUUACGAUAUAUGCAAAAGUCUCUGAGGUACUGCAAUUCGAGACGUGGCCACAAGCCUAUGACUUCGGUAUGAAAACGCCAACAGCGAUUUUUGAAAAAUUAUUGCAGUCACAUCUCUACAAACUGUGCUACAACUGGUGUCGCGUCGUUAAAUUGACCCAACACUUUGCCGCGCAAAAGCAACGUUUUCUGGACGUAUUGCUUCAGGCAUUGUUGGAGUUCCAUGAUGAUUUGAGUGAAAGCGGCAGUGGCUGUGGCGGCGACGAUGAUGGCGAAGUGAACAAAUACUUACUACAGAUACUCGAAACAUUUCCUACGCGGGAUGUUGUCAACUUUCUGGACACACACAAAGACAAAUUUCGCACCGUACGCUUAAUGCGUUACACCGUCGCUUACUUGAUGCGUCACAAUCCGACGGAAUGUCAAAGUUAUCGAAAUUAUAAAAUUUCAUUGGUAAUUUUUGAACAGCUAACAACCGGUGAACUGGCACCAUUUUGGAAACUUUUCAAACAUCCACUACUUAUCAUUGAACAGUUGAUCAUGAAUACGAAAUUUGAAACGCUCACUAAAGUGCUUGCCGCUGUACGUGCGGCUUUGGCGCAAACCGAUACCUCCGCCACGCAAGUCUGUUCAUUCUGCUUCGAUAAACGCGGUCAUAUUUACGACAUACACACGCGCAGUUCUGGCACGCCGCAUAAAGUGAAAUUCCAACUCGGCGCCGAUAUUGGCGGCACCACGAACUCGGCAUUUAUACUACUCAAUUUCAAUUUGUAUCAGAAGAAUCACGCCAUCACCAAUGAGUGCAUCGAUCUUUUGCUACGCAUAUAUGGCACCAAAGCGUUGGACUAUCAUGUCUCGGAUAUCGCCUCCUCCUCGGAGCGUGUAUCACAGACCACCGACAUGCAACAGUCUUUGGACUCGCUCUGCGGCGCUUUCCAAAUACCCACUAUAGCACCAACACGUGAGGAUUGGGUGCGCGAUGAUGACGCCACGCACUGCAUGUGUUGCCAUCGCGCCGCCUUUACCAUGCUCAUGCGUCGACACCACUGUCGGCGUUGUGGACGUGUUGUCUGCUUUGCCUGCUCGGCGCAUCGCAUGCGCAUACCCGAUCUGUAUGAGGAUGUGGAGGUGCGUGUCUGCAAUGAUUGUUUUAGUAAAACUGAAGAAGCGCAGCGUAAGCGCGCACAAAACGCGGAUGCUCAGACGAGAGAGACGAACGCCAACAGCGGCGAUGUAUCGGGUCGUGGCAGCGAUACAUAUAAAUGGCAGCUAUGUGGUAAUAUAACGCAUGAUAAACUUUUGCGUGAAGAAUUCUGCUAUGAGCAUGCGCCAAGUGUGGCGUUAUGCCUCUCCAUACUCGCCUUUCAUCAGGGUCAGCAGAAGUGUGUGGAUUUGUUGUUGUAUCAUUGCCAUAAGUUGGAGAAGUUGUUUGUGCCAAAUCCAGAGGUGGACUAUGAACUCGUGGCGAAGAUGAUGAACUGUUUGGCGUUGGCGGCCAAGGUACGCGGUGGGCCGCCCGAAAUUGAAACUAUACGCGAACAUUCCAUGAUUAUUAUGUCGGUUGUACAAAAUGGUUGUGAGUCUCUGAUACCGCCGGGUCCAUUGAAUAAUCAUAGUCUACGCAAGUUGGGCGAUUCAUUGGUGCAGGCAGAGAAAUGGGAUUUGGCAUUUGAAGUGCAUCUCAAGUGUGGAUUUCCCACUGUUGGUGUUAUGGCGGCCCACGGUCUGUCUUGCUUGCGUGCGGGCUGUUUCGAUACGGCCCGCGAGAAAUUCUCCUAUUGUAUGACUAAAUUGAGUAGCGAAUUUAUGAACGAGAAAAUCUGUAAAUAUAUAUUGUCGACAACAACAAUAGCAACCACUCCCGAUACGGACACCAACGACAAUCCCUUUGAAUAUGCCCACGAACAAGAUAUACAAACAACAAAGAGGCCACUACGCGGCCCACCAUUACUGCAGGAGAUAAUAAAAACCAUAGAGAGUACGCCAUGCGUAAAACCACAGCCAGAAACAUUGAAACGGGCUUCCUUGAUACGCAGCUCGAAUACAUCACUGGCCUCACUGUUAUCGCGCCGCAAAGAUGUCUGUCCGAUACGCAUGCACGAGCCCGCGCUGGGUAUACUCAACACUCUGGCCAAUUUGAAGCACAUCGCCAAGGGUCAAUACUCGGAACUGCAUAGCAAUUUCAGCGGCUUUGAAGAAUGUCUCUACUAUGUGCUCACCUAUGGCUCACAUACGGAUGUAUUGCAAUUUCUAAUGCGUCACCACGAGCUCAAUGCCGCGCUGAAAUACUUUCUACAACAAAGUCUCGAAUCCGAAUUCUUCAUACAUAAUAUCUUUCUUGUCUCACUGCGUUACGGCAAUUUGCCUACAUUGAUGCCUCAGUUGCAAAAGUUGGACGCCAGUUUGGGUACUUGGCGUGUUACACUACUGCAGACUUGUCACUAUUUGGAAACACAAAAUCUCCUCAACUCGCUGUAUCAACUGCAAUUGCUCUUGCAGGACCCGGUGCGUGCCAGCAUGACUUGCGUGCGCUUCUACUCGGCAAAUUGUGAGAAUUUUCAACAUUUGCAUGCGAACGCAAUGCACCUGCGCAAUGCACAGCAGCACCUGCAAACGCAAUUGGAACAGACACAGUGGGAGAAAGUGAAUUUGGAGUCCAUGGUACGUUCCAACAGGCGGAGCUCAGUCGGUAGUCGACGCUCGAGCAUGGGUUCGGGUGCGAAUACGCCCACCGCAGCGAACUUCCUCAUGCAAAUGGAUGCGCGCGCACUCAACGGUCACAUCAAUACGAUUUCAAUGCAAUUGGAGGUGUCGAAAUUUCUGGCGCAGUGUGAUCGUGAGUUGAGCGCUGCGGAUGAGGUCAACACUUUGCGAACGUUGAAGCAGUUGCGCAUAGACAACUCGGGCAAGUCGAAGUUGCCCACACUUUUUGAUGGCGCACAGGAUCGCAUACAAGUUUGCAUUUUGAUAUUACUCUGCGGUAAAAAUAUCGAUGAGGGUUUCGGUUUGGCCUACAGAAUUAUACACCACUACAAAUUGCCUGAGGUGAAAGUAUUUGGCGCAACUGCCAAGUUUCUCGCCUGUAAUCAACGCAUUACCGAAGUGGAAAAGCUACUCAGUUGCAUAACCACCAAUAAUGGCACUCAAAUGCGCGAUAUUGAUGAGAUUCUCUCGGUCGCUAUCAAUUCGGCGUGUAACUGUAACGAGCCGGAGGUGAAGAGUGCGUUAGAUAAUCUCGUUAAGAGGAUUCAUAGCGUGGAGUUGCGUAUCUCUUGUCACAUUUUUAUUGGCCAAUUGAAAUCUGCAUAUCUUUUAGCGAAUAAAUAUGAGCGUAUCGGCGAUAUACGUCGUAUCCUGCGACAGGCCGAACUCACAAAUCAGGUGCAUAUUAAGAAAUUGUGUGAGCGAAAAUUGUUUGCGAAUGCCGCAGCGCGUGCACACGACUAAUUACAUUCGGAUGCAUACCAAAAUUCCUCGUUUAACGACUGACAAAAUGGAACAAGUAUACCUUCAUACAUGCAUCCAUACAUACGUAUCUCGAUAUUGUUAUUAACAAAAGUAUAUACAUAUAUUUAAAAGUAAAAGAUGUUAUUGUGAUUCUUUAUUAUAUGAUUUUAUCUCAUU